UUCUUAUCCACAGCCUUCACACGCUCUCUCUGCGGCGAAGUCCUUGAAACCUUCAUCCCAUCCGUACUGGCAAGCAUGGCUGAGCGCGGCGGUGGCGAUCGUGGCGGCUUCGGGCGCGGGUUUGGCCGCGGGUUCGGCCGCGGCCGGGGUCGGGGAGACCGUGGGCGCGGAAGGCGCGGUGGCGGCCGGCGUGAUGAGGAGGAGAAGUGGGUGCCCGUCACCAAGCUCGGCCGCCUCGUGAAGGAGGGUAAGAUCACUAGCCUCGAGCAGAUCUACCUCCACUCCCUACCUGUGAAGGAGCACCAGAUCAUCGAUACCCUCCUCGGUGGCCGCCUCAAGGAUGAGGUCAUGAAGAUCAUGCCGGUCCAGAAGCAGACCCGCGCUGGCCAGCGCACCCGCUUCAAGGCCUUCGUCGUCGUCGGCGACACCGACGGCCACGUCGGCCUCGGCGUGAAGUGCGCGAAGGAGGUAGCCACCGCCAUCCGCGGCGCCAUCAUUUUGGCCAAGCUGUCGGUGAUCCCCGUCAGGAGAGGCUACUGGGGGAACAAGAUCGGGAAGCCGCACACUGUGCCCUGUAAGGUCACCGGGAAGUGCGGGUCGGUCACCGUCCGAAUGGUGCCCGCGCCGAGGGGGGCGGGGAUCGUGGCUGCUCGUGUCCCGAAGAAGGUGCUCCAGUUUGCUGGGAUUGAGGACGUGUUCACUUCGUCUCGUGGUUCGACCAAGACUCUCGGGAACUUUGUGAAGGCUACCUUUGAUUGUCUUAUGAAGACCUACGGUUUCCUGACACCUGACUUCUGGAUGGAGACUCGUUUCAGCAAAUCUCCCUUCCAAGAGUACACAGACCUGCUUGCAAAACCCACAAAGACUAUACUUCUUGAGAACACUGAGGUGGUUGAAGCUUAAGAUCUUUCUCCUAGCAUUUGCUUCCUGUACUGGUCAUCAUGUUGAAGUAGGGCCUGAGUUGACUCUGUUUACUGUGAUGAACCCUCUUUUGGAUUUUAGUUUGCCUCGUUUUAGUGUGACAAUUUUAUGAUGCAUUACUCUUUUGUGAUACAUUACUCCUUUCUUGCACAUUAUAUCACAGUAGAGGGCUUGUUCUUUCCA